AUGUACGAUUCUUUAACCUACAUCGUGUGUGCAAGUCCAGCGCCAUCGGCAUCGCGAUCUCGCGCCAAACCAUUACGAACAUAUGGCAAGCGAAGCAUCCGAGACGAUCCGCUGAAAGAUCCAAACGCCAAGAAACGAAGGGUGUCAGCAGAGGCAGUAGCUUCUGAACCAGCAUCCAAAGGCACAGACACGGCGCCGCUGAAGGAGGUCACGGAAGAGGCGAAGAAUGCACCUGAAUCGACAACAACGAACAAACCUACGGCCGAGCCGGUCAAGAAGGGAUCAAUCUUGAACUUCUUCAAACCUGUACCUCCGUCAUCCACAGUUACCUCUAGCCCAAAGAGCGACGAGCCUCAACCCGAAUCAACGCCCCCAUCCUCACCACCACAGCCCCCAAAGAUAGAACCCCGAAAGAAACCGCGCCUAUUGCGCUUCCGCGGUACAUCAACACCAUUACUAGACGACGACAACACAGGAGAUGAUUCACAAGGCGAAGACACAGAAGCCGAAGACUCUGGCACCAAAUCCACUCGACUACGACUAACUGCUCGGGGGGGCUCUUUACAGCGUGAAUCGAGCACAAACGAUUCAAAAUCUGGAAAGAGGGGAAAGGUGAAAACACCGACUGUACAAACGACACUGAAUUUAUCGACGCAAGCAGCGUUUUCGGAGUGUAAGGUGUGUAAUACUGUGUGGAAUCCGCUGUAUCCGGAUGAUGUGAAGUUUCAUACGAAGCAGCAUGCGGCUGUUUUGAGGGCGAAGAAGAAGGAGAAGGAGAGUGAACUAUAG